AUGUCUGACACCCUAAAUGACGAAGAUAAAUUGGGAGCCGUUUUGUUUCAGGUUCAAGAGGAUUUGAGAAAACUCAAAUGUAGUCUUGAAAAAAUCACCACCAAUGAGAGGGGAAACACUCUGGACAUUCAAGCCUUGGAUGCUGCCAUUGGAAAAACAGAAAGUAUAAUCAGGAAGCAUGCAGAGGAUCAUCUGAAAACAGUGACUAAGCAGGUGUCGGUUCUUCCAAGAAUUGAAGACUUGGAAAAAAACAAGCAGAUUCCAAAAUGGAUACCUGCUCUGGAGAGUGUCCCAGAUGUGCGUCCACAAAGAGAAGAGCUUCCGGGGCCUUCACCUGGGGAAAAGCACAAGUCAGCAUUAACCAUGCGUUUGCUGUGUAAUCCUGCUCACCCCCACAACAGAGCCAUUUUGCAUCAGAAAUUUGGGAUAUCACUACCUGAUGUCAACAAGAGGAGUAUAAAUGCAGGAAAGCAUCAGAGAGUCCCCACUCGCUCUGUGGUGACUCUUCCAGCCAUUGAACCAAAGGGCCGUCGUAGCCUGGCAACACCUGAAGAAGACAUGGGGACAGAUACAAGUUUUCUUCAUGCGUCGAUCCAUCCCAAGGCUGCCUCUCUUCACCCCAGAGAGGAUUCAUAUUCUUCUAAGACAGGUCUAAUAGGCUCGAGGUCCAGGAGUAACAAGCAACUCAAAUGGGAAAAAGAUCCUCGAUCCACCUGUAAAGGAAGUGAGUGCACACCCCUCUGUACCACCAAGACACCUCCUCCCUCCGCCUCCACAAGUGAGGACCACAAGGGUAUAAUGCAAGGCACCAACGAUCUUAUCCCUAAAAGCCCUCAGAAUUCACCUGUGGACGUAAACAUCAGCAAAUACCCCUUUACCAUUAUAAAGGGUCAGAUCAACCCGUUGGCAGCAGAUUUCUGUCACUUUAAGCAGAGCUUCAGCUUGUGUUGGAGCAGUGUGCUGGAUGCUCUGGAGGCCCUGAAAAAGCUGCUCAGGGACUUUGCCGUUCCGCUAGCCAAAGUGAGCGGGGAGUGUCUGGUGGAGUUCAGCCACAGCUUGGGUACCGGUUGGAGAAAGGCUCCUCCAGUCAGCGGCCUCCUCUCUGUGCUUGGAAACUGGGAGGAGGUAUCAGAACUGGUCUUACGCCCAGGUCGGCGUUACAAAGGAGAGGGGGGCAUGGAGGCGGCUGCCAUCCACAUCCAGUCCUGCUGGAGGCGCUACUUAGCCCGGACUGCCUACCUGAGCCACUGCAGGAACAAGUGGGCGGAGGGCAUCAUCGCUGUCUCAUGGCUGAUGUACUCUCAGAAGAUCCGAGUCAGGAAGGCCCUGCAGGCUCGGCGUGUCAGACAACUGGAGAACCACCGCAGCAGAGCCCAGCAUCUGGCAGCCGACUGGAAACGUAUCCAGUCCUCCAAAAGGACCAUUAUCCACAUCCCUUCAUUAGGAUACCCUCAGCGCCAACGAAGACAUUUGAGGGGAUUGGACAUCCUGCAGAACGUCCAAAUAGGCCGACUGUGUGAUAUUAGAGAUGAAAAUGUGGAGGUGAUCUACGUCUGUCCGAGACAUUUGGGGGAGGAUAUUCUGGACUAUUACGCCAGCCUCCUGAAAUGUGAUGAAGCAACAAACGAGGAAGAUACCGGCAGCGCGCAGGCCUCAUCCCUCUCCAUCAGGCGCUUCAUCAUCCUCACACCUGAGGCUGUGGAGUAUUUCCCGACCCACAACAUGUGCCUGUCCACGCUGCUAAAGUACAGUCCGCGCACUCUGAAGCGCAUCAGGAACCUGAUCCAGGGGAAGCAGGCCUACAUUGUGGGUGGGGUGGCCCAUGUUGAUGACCUGGCCGUGGCUGAUGAGCUAGGAGUCCCCAUCCUGGCUCCAGAACCAGCUGUUUCAGAACUCUACAGCACCAAGUCUGGAGGGAGGAGGAUCUUCGCUGGGGCAGAGGUUGAUGUACCCCCAGGUCAAGGGGACAUCUACUCGCUGAACCAGCUUCAUGAAACGCUGGCUCGGCUCAUGACUGAAAACAUGGACGUGCAGCGCUGGCUCUUCAAGAUGGACUCUGAGCAUGGCGGCCGUGGCACAGCUUCCUGUGACGUCUGCCAUCUCAGCUGCUAUAAGGGAGUCCUGCAGGAGAGCCAUCGCUAUGGUCCUGAGUCGGGGAGAACAGAAUGGAUUCAGGAGUCUGUGCUGCCUCGAUAUUUAGAUGAAAUCCCAGAGUGGCUUUCCCGUUACGCCCAGCCUGUUAAAACCUCCUGCUAUUCCACCUGGGCCUGCUUCCUGGAGACCUUCCUCAGGCAAGGCGGUGUGGUGGAGGCCUACCCCCCCUCAGACUGUGUUACCUGUCUGACGGUAGAUCUGCUGCUGAAGCCGGGGGGGGGGGUGACCAUGCUGUCCUGCGGAGACCAGCUUCACGGCGCCUGUCAGCUGGAAGCUAUAGGCUCCACUGUCCCUCAGACUUCUGUACAGCCGCAGACCUUGCAAUCCAUCUGCAUGCGUGUGGGCCAGGCCUGUCUGCAGCACCUUAUCGUAGGGUAUGUCUCCGUGGACCUGGCUACCUUUCUGAACCCCAACACCGUGGAGCAAAAGGUGUGGGCUAUUGAUCUGGACCUCACAUACAGUGACAAUCUGGCCAUGACCCAGAUGCUUCUGAUGAUGACUGGAGGAAUGCUGAAUUUCCACACAGGCUGCUUAGAAGUGCCAAUGCCAUACAGAGAGAAAGGCUGCGAACACAAGACGGCAGCCAAACCUCCUGUGGUUCCUCGUUAUGCAGUUAUUGGGAGCCACUUGUUUCACUCAAACCUUUCCAUGUUAUACCAUAAUGUGUUCCUUAUGGUGUGCAAGGCUCAUGGUAUAGGAUUUAACAUGAAGAGGAAGCAAGGCACCAUUUUUGCUGUUUACGACGGCAGUGAGAGAUGCAGGAUGGGAAUGAUAGCCGUCUCAGAAGAUCUCCAGGGAGCUCUGGUGACCUUUGCUCGGAAUCUGUCAGUCAUUCAUCAGGAGAUAUCACCCUCUAACAUGCAAGGAGAAACCAAUUUUAAGUAUCUGAUCAAGGAAGUAGAAGACGUACGGCAGAUGACUGUUCAGAACAAGAUGCGAGCAGUGGAGGAUAAACCUGCUUCACCAAUAUACUAA